CACGUCUGACGCCUCAACCACAACGUGGUAACCGCCGGUUUGUCUUCUCCUUUUAGCCGUUACUUUCUAAACAACUGUUACUGCCCGGUGCAUGAUAACCCGUCGACGUACGCUUCCUGCUCUUGGUAUGGCAGCCAGAACUACAAUUUAGCUGCUGUAACCCUGUUUGUUUGGAUUUACUCGCUGCACCAGAGAGGAGUAAGCCUGCAGGAUGGACAUCACAGAGGAAAAUAUGACACUGAAGGAGAUGCUUGAGAAAAUAGCUGAGCUGGAUUACAGUCAAAGCCAGCUGAGGGACCUGAAUGCUGAGAUGAGGCGCUGGCUGGAUGUUGCAGAUGAUGAUAUGGCAGUGCUGCGCUCAGAGAAUGCCACCCUCAGAAAACAAGUGAAAACCCUGGAGAAGAUCAUCAGUGAAGCGCAGCAGGUUGAAGCAGAGCCUUGUAAGUCUCUCCUGGCUGAUAACCUCGAUGUAAAGAGACGCAGUGAAAAGAAGAUUCAGAAAUUGGAGAAGGAAUCCACCACGAUGAAGGAACAAAAUAAGAAACUAUCUGCAGAACUCAAGAGGCUCCAGCAAGAGCGAGACCGGGACAAGAUCAGCUUGAGCAAGCUCAGGGCUGCACUUCAAACCCUCAAGUGUGAAAUGGAAGAGGCUCAGUUAGGGCUGCAGCAUAGGGAUGAGGUUAUUCAUCAGAAAAACUUGCAGUUAAAGCACUUGCAGGAAACAGAAGAAGAGUGUUCCAACAUCAUAAAGGAUCUCAGGCUGACAAAUCAGGAGCUGAGGAAGCAGUUGGAGGACAGACUGGAUGAGGCCUCAUUCGCUACUCUGAAUGACCUGAUGAGAGAAAGGGAAGGAUCACUCAGUCCCCCUCUGUCAUUCGCAGAGGAAAUGAAGCUGCUGGCCUCUUCAGCUGAAGUGAAAACCAACAUGUCAGACUCCACAGAUCUUAGACAUGAGGAAACUGUGCCUGAGGAGCUGCUGAAACCUCAAUGUCUCACAGUAGACCUUCAGACCAAAAGGUGUGCUGGUAUCUUGGAGAGAGCCGGACUAUUUAUGCUGCUCAUCUUCAUUCUCACCGUUUUGGCCUUGGUGGCUUCAGGAAGCUGUGCAGGAAACUUGUUUUCCAUCAACACCUUGUGGAGCGGUGCUCGCCUCAUGCUACAGCCCUACUGCAGUGUGCAUUAUGGGGCUUUACCUCCUAUUUGAUCUAAUGACCCCCUUUUUAUAAAUGUGUUAACUCCAUUUAUCUGGCUGAUUCGGGUGGGGGCGGGGUUGUAGCUGAGUAUGUUUUCUACCCAACAGGCUGAAGGUUUUAUUUUAAAUAUUUUUAUUUUUUCCCCAAAAAAAACUACAUGAAAUUUGCAGUGGAAUAUAAAUCAUUUUGCACAUUUAUUAUUGAAAAAAUACAUUCAGUAACCUGAAACAAACUAAUAAAACAUUUAAUGGCCUUUUGCACAGCUA